AAAAACCUUGCAAUCCGCAUUUGCAUGGGUGAAGUCGUGAAGAAGCAGAGCCUAACCCGCCAGGCUAUGCAGAAGCCCAAAAGCUGGGCGGUAAAAUGACCCACGGGAAGGCCAUGUUUAGUUACGCGACUACCGACUUACGACGCCUAGUGUGGACGUCCAUGGCGGUGCUUCUGAUACUAACGGGAGUGACAACUCUGAUAGUGUGGUUAGUUUAUAGUCCCCACAAGCCUCGAUUCACGGUGGUGGGUGCGGCCAUCUACGAUCUCAACACUACCUCCCCACCUAUCAUCUCCACCACCAUGCAGUUCACCAUCGUCACUCGCAACCCAAAUCGCCGGGUCUCCAUUUACUACGACCGCCUCUCGGCCUUCAUCUCCUACCGGAACCAGGAGAUCACGCUCCCGACCGAGUUACCGCCACUGUUCCACGAGCGGCACAGCACGGUGACGCUGUCGCCGAUAUUGGGGGGAGGAGCAGUGCCGGUAUCGAUGGAAGUGGAGAAUGGACUGGUGAUGGACGAGGCCUAUGGGGUUGUGGGACUGAGGUUGGUGCUUCUGGGGAGGUUAAGGUGGAAGGCUGGGCCCUUCAGGAGUGGUCACUACGGAGUGUAUGUGAAAUGCGAUAUGUUGGUGGGUCUGAAGAAGGGCUUUGUUGGUCAGGUGCCUCUGCUUGGAUCUCCUGGUUGCAGCGUCGAUAUAUGAUGAUGACUCCUGUUAGUAACGUAAGCUCUCUUAAUUUUCUUCCUUUAAUUAGGCUAGCUCUUCUUGCUUUUUAAUUAGCAGUAGUUGUUACCUCGCCUUCAAUUUGCGAAUUUCUUUCUGUUUCUCUUCUGGAUCCAUCUCCCAAUCCUAGUAGAAGAAAAGAGUAUGAGGUAGAUUACACAGCGAAUAAAGAAAUAAUAAUCAACACUGUUCAUUAACCAUAAUGGAAAGAGUACGUUGUGCCCUCCUGCUGCUAA